CGGUUCGCGCGCGGCAUUUCAAUGGCGAGCGCAACGAACGAAAUCGAUACGAAUGUGGCCGUACGCGUACAAAGACCGGCAGGGGCUUUCGCAAGUAACGCUCUUCGAUUUUCGUAAGCCACGCGCGGACAAGAGCGGUGGACAUUGGUAUAAAGUGAGGGCGCUCGGACGUCUCUUCACUCGUCCCAGAGGUACCGAAUCGAUAGCAAGUUCAACAUGUUCAAGUUAGCGUGCAUCGUCCUUUCAAUGGCAGCCGUGGCGUUCGCCGGCGUGAUCCCAGCGGCCCCACUGGUCGCAGCUCCUGCGGUGGCAGCGGCACCGCUUGCAGCUAUUCCAGCACCCAUCGUAACCGCCAGGAGUAGCCAAGUCAUCGCUAGGAACUACAACACGUUCGCUGCUGCUCCUCUCGCUGCUGCUCCUCUUGCGGCUGUGCACGCAGCCGUACCAGCAGCCGUACCAGCAGCGGCUGCCGCACCGUUUACCUUCGCCGCACACGCUGCACCCCUGUCAUACGCUCCAUUCGCCUACGCUGCACCGUUCGCGUUUCCUUGAACACGAUUCUUCAUCUCUCCUCUCAACCACGUUUUUGUUUAAUGAAAUAAAUUGCAAAUCUACAUAGA